AUGUUCAUUAUGCUUUGCUACCUUUAAGAUCACCUUGAGACUUCGAGUAGGCAACAUGUCGUCAACGGAGUUCGCAAGAGACCGCCAUCAAUGUCCUUUUUAGUCGUAUGUAUAGGCGCCACGGCCUGGUUCGAUACACGUGAGUAAUCUGUGCCAUUCUCGCUGUCUUCUUUCUCUAUGAUUGUGCGUGUCUGUGUGACAUUGUGGUCUGUAUGGACGUCGCGGGCAUCCUAGAUGUCUAAGUACUGUUAAACAGCAAAGUCAAACACGUUGACCGGGGUUGGCAUCUAAACGCCUUUGUAUAGUACCGACGGCCCGUGGCACACUAAUGCCCAUUUCACUGGACACACGGAAUGCUUAAUUAGGUGGUUCAAGCGAAAUGACUUUGUCAGGCAAAGCUGCCCUUUGCCCUCUCGGAUAUUAUGUGUCCGCCGCAUCGUUGGAUCAGCCCGCUGUACUAGUGCAUGAGGAUCUACUACUCGAGAAAUGGCGGUGUAGUUACGAGCGUAUAAAAGUUGAACUUAUGAUUUUCUAGGUCCCCACUAAUAUCUCUCACAGCAAAGGGGUUCAACAUCGAACUGGUUACAUGACUUCUCCAGUUAGAACACUUUUAGAUCGUACAGAUAUCACGAUCCAGAAGCUCCAGGCUCUUUCUGAAGAGAGUCAAGGAAUAUACAAACAACUGUUCACUUUACAGUCAUCGACUGGUAAUUUGGCGUUUCUAGAUGACAAUGUCGGAACCAGAAUUCACGAUGACUUUCGGGUAUUCUCUGACCUUCUGUGGAAGGCUAGAGAUAUAGCUGGCGAUAUUCGAACUGCCGCUAUAGAUUUUAGAUAUGCAAUGAUGGGUAUCAUUCGCGAUCAACGGGUUCUCCCUGAACAGAAGAUCGAGUCUAUGGAACAAUGGUCCCACUCUAUGCGACCCAAGCUGGAUAGUGCAAGUAACUUACCGACAGAAUUCUCGAAACUUGCUCUGGACAUGCAGGCCGUAGCCAAGGAAUUAGAAGGACAUCUUGCUGAAAAGCAUCAAAAACCGUCUAAAGAAUCCCUCGAUCGUACUAGAAAGCCGCUUUACUUUACGUACCUCGCGAAGAGACUUAGCAGGCUUUUGAUCCUGACUGGAACUUUCCAUCGAGUCACCUCAUUGCUUCUUCGGCGUUCUCUCAAGCUCGUGACCGGUGGGCAAAAGCAAGAUUCACGAGCUGUUGACCCACUACCAGCUGUGCAUUCAAGAAAACGCAGUCGCCCAUGUGGAUCCGAUGUGGUUUCCCUUACGAACCGAACGAGCGCAGAUCUCACAAGUUUAUCUUCAAAAAUGGAAGUCUUUGGUGACAUCUAUGAAAUUUUGUUCAAGGAAAUCGACGAGCUCACUAAUGAGCUUCGCUCAGAAGACUCGUUGGACACGUACGAUCCUCAGUCCCUAACGGAGACUAUUUCGAUCUGUAAUUUGCUUGAUGCAUUUGCGAAGACUUUGGAAGCGUACCAGAAGAACGUGUAGAUCACGAUACGUGCUUGAACUUUCGUAUCUGAACGUUGGCUAAACCGAAGGACUACUUCGUUAUAACAUUCAAUGUAUCGCAUCGUAACUUAUCUCUCAUUACCUUUGGGCAUUUUGAAAAUCACAUUUUUCACUGAUUAUUACAUCAUUGGUGUGGAUGAAGCUGCUGUCAGAUGUCUUCUAUGCGGC